AUGGCACCAAAAGCUGCUGAGAAGAAGCCCUCGACCGGCGGCAAGGCCCCGGCUGGCAAAGCUCCCGCUGAGAAGAAGGAGGCCGGCAAGAAGAAGCGCACCAAGGCCAGAAAGGAGACCUACUCCUCCUACAUCUUCAAGGUGCUCAAGCAAGUCCACCCUGACACUGGUAUCUCCAAGCGCGCCAUGUCCACCCUCAACUCCUUCGUCAAUGACAUCUUCGAGCGCGUUGCUACCGAAGCCUCCAAGCUCGCUGCCUACAACAAGAAAUCCACCAUCUCCACCAGAGAGAUUCAGACCUCCGUCCGUCUCAUCCUGCCCGGUGAACUGGCCAAGCACGCUGUCUCUGAGGGCACCAAGGCCGUCACCAAGUACUCUUCCUCUGCCCGAUAA